AUGACCUGGGUUCGCAUAGUACCCUCCGCCGCAGCUUUCUACGUUCAAUCGCUGCCGGAUUUACAUCAGGAUGAGGCACAUCCUUUACACAUCUACUCGGGACAUUUAUCAUCCGACCCAGACGCCGAACACCUUCCUUCAACAACCGUGACCGCGCAUCUGUUCUUCGUACUCAUCAAAGCACGGCGCACUGCUGACAAGGAGCGAAUACUUUUCUGGUUCAAUGGCGGACCGGGUUGCUCGUCAUUUGACGGAUUAAUGAUGGAGACUGGGCCGUUCCGGCCUGACGGGAAUGGGGGCUUGGAAACUGUAGAGGGAGGUUGGGAAGAGUAUACGAACAUAGUAUAUGUCGAUCAGCCAGCUGGCACCGGUUAUUCGUAUACGAGCACGGACCGAUACGUUCACGAAUUGUCCGAUGCUGCGGAUCAGGUGGUAGAGUUCAUGCGUAAUUUCUAUCAGGUAUUUCCGGAAUACAAAGUAAUGGAUACUUAUAUUGGUGGCGAAAGCUACGCUGGUCAAUACAUUCCUUACAUUGGCGAUGCUAUUAUUUCUUCAAACUUGGGCAUUAGUUUAAACGGACUAGCAAUUGGUAAUGGAUGGAUCGAUGCACAUCAUCAAUACCCCGCCUAUCUCGACUAUGCAGUCAAACACGCUCUCAUAGAGGAAAAUUCUGACAUAUGGAAAAAAAUAAAACAGGACACAGAUGACUGUAUAGCUGACCUCGACAAGGUUACUGGACCGGUUCCGAUACAAAUAUCAAAAUGCGAGAGCCUCGUCACUUCUGUUGCAAUGUCGCGAGACAUUAAAAGUGUUGAUGGGAAGAAGAAAUGUAUGAAUGUCUAUGACGUUCGUUUAGUGGAUGAUGAAGGUGCUUGUGGUAUGAAUUGGCCACCGCCUCUACCAGACGUGAAGGCGUAUCUCGGUCGUAAAGAAGUUGUCCACGCAUUCCACGCCGAUGCUAAAUCAGAGUCAUGGGUUGAGUGCAGCGGUCGAGUCGGCCGUGAAUUGCGGAAUCGCGAAUCUCCAUCGUCAAUAACUAUCCUCCCGAAACUUGUCGAGAAAGUCCCUGUCAUGCUCUUUGCGGGCGACCAGGACUUCAUAUGCAAUUACAUGGGUAUCGAGGCUCUCAUUCAGGACAUGGAAUGGAAUGGUGAGAAGGGCUUAGGGACUGUGAAAACCGAACAAUGGUCCGUAGAUGGUACACCAGCCGGAACGUGGGUGGAGUCGCGAGGGCUUACCUACGUGAAGAUUUUCAACUCGUCGCACAUGGUACCAUACGACGUUCCAUUAAUAGCACACGAUAUGAUCUUGCGAUUCAUGGGUGUCAACUUCUCUGCUAUUGCUGACGGUUCGGCGCGCAUACCGAGUAAAGUCGGUGAUGAGGAAAAGCCUGUACCGGUCGUCUUGGAGGGUGAAGAAGAUGGUGACUCGAAAAUACCGGUACCUCCUGGUAAGACUCCGGAGCAAGAUAAAGCGAUGUGGGAAGCAUACUACAACGCUGGAUCAGCUGCUCUCGUACUCGUACUCAUCGCACUGGCUAUCGGACUAUUCUUAUUCUGUCGACGACGACGAAGGAUAGGGAAGCUCAAAAUUGGCAACUCAGAGGAAGCGAUACCACUGAGUCAAAAUAUCAACGGGCACGAUAUGGAUGGGCAUGGAGAGAACGGAAAUUAUAAGGGUAAAAGCCGAGCUAUGGAGGGUGAGGCGAUAUUUGAUGUCGGCGAGGGAAGUGAUGACGAGAGUGAAUACCGGGAUGUCGAUGAACGGCGACGGAAGUAG